AUUUUAUUGCAGACGUACCAGCGACUAGUAGCACAUCAUCCAAGUAGCCAAGAUCAUCACAAUGUCCGCGAGACGACCGAGCGAGAUCAUGCUAACCGGCCUAGUGGGAAUAUGAAUCCAAUCCCUCUAAUUUCUACAAAAGACUUCUACGGCAGGCCAGUAGAAGAUGAAAUCAAAGGUUUUUUAUCAAAUAUAAAACUUGAUGCUCGGAAUGUUACUGAGAAACCCCUCAAAUUUAUUAAUAAACCUGAGACAUCGACUGAAAUAGAAAAGGAACUUAAUAUCAAAAAUAAAAAUAAAACAAAGGCCAACAAAGAUGCUGACGAUGAUAUUGUCAACUACUGGCUUAACUAUCCGCUAACUCCAAUAACAGGAAUUGAAAAUUCUGAAAAAGUAGUUACGAAAGAAUCUGAAAUGAAAAAGAAACGCAAACUCGUGGACUUGAAAGAUGUUUAUUUGAACACAGAUCCUCCAUCUGAAAACCCUUGUGAUGAUUAUGAUCCUAUGAUGCCAAAUUUUUAUGUUGAAGGAAGCAAAAUUAAUGCGAUUGCAUGCAGGGAGUUUGUUUGGGAAGCCCGAAGAAAUGAAUUAAGACAACCUCGUGGAGCUGCUUGUCAAAAAAAGAAAGAUUGGGAAGCAGGAGUAUUUGGCAUAUCGGUUGUUGGGGGAGAGGAAGCCGAAAUAGCAGAUUAUCCUCAUAUGGGUGCCAUAGGUUGGAAGGCGAUUGAUGAUACCAAUGGUUUGUGGGUGUUCAAGUGUGGAUGCACAUUAAUCAGCCACAACUUUGUGCUGACGGCAGCGCACUGCACGCACGUACCUGUAGACUCUACCAUCGCUGAGUCUGACCCCAAGAUUGUGAGACUAGGAGAUAAUAAUAUCUAUGAAAAAACAAGUGAUGAUGAAGAAACUGCGAUUGAUGUAAAAAUAAUCAGAAUCAUCGUUCACCCAAAUUACGCAGCGCCGAAGAAGUAUUUUGACAUAGCUCUUAUGGAGCUAGAGAAAGAAGUGGAAUUUUCAACUGUGAUCCGGCCAGCGUGUUUAUGGAAUGAUGAAGACACGAACAAUUUACCGCACCAGCCGACAGUGACUGGGUGGGGAGUGGUCGACUCUGCAACAAAAACCGUUUCACCGACGUUACAAGUGGCCAAACUCAGCGUUAUAGAGCGGGAAGCUUGCGAUAAACUUCUGAAAAAGACCUGUAACAGGAACUUCUGCGGAACUGAAGAUCACCAGUUGUGCGGAGGGAACCUCACCGGUGGUGUCGACACUUGUCAAGGUGACUCCGGUGGUCCAUUCCAAGUACAGCUGGACCUUCCUGAAGACAUGUCAGGAAGCAUGCACUACGUUUUUGGCAUCACCUCGUUUGGGAUCGGCUGCGGGAGGGCAAACACUCCAGCGGUCUAUACCAGAGUGUCAUACUUCACAGAUUGGAUCGACGAAAAUGUUUGGCCAAAAGAAGUACCCAUCCUUGAGGAAUACUUACCCGAUUCUAGGCGGGUUUGAAAUAAACAAAAUCGCAAAUAAUUAGUAAUAUAAAAAAUACUUGC